AUGCCUAUUUUAAAUCGUGACAAUGUUGUUAUUGGUGUUGCACAAAUAAUUAAUAAAAAAACUGGUACACAUGAAUUCACAACUAAAGAUAUUGACGUCUUCCGUAAUUAUUUGACAUUUUGUGGUCUUGGUUUAUCGAAUGCACAAUUAUUUGAAUUAUCUAUUCAAGAAUAUAAGAAGAAUCAACUUCUUCUGAAUCUAGCACGAAAUUUAUUUCGUGAACAAAAUGAACUUGAACGUUUAGUACAUAAAAUAACAAUUGAGUCACAAGGUCUUAUGCAAUGUGCUCGCUGUUGUGUUUAUAUAUUAGAUCGACCUGCAACAUCAAAUAAGCCUGAAGAUAUUCAUUUUUCUAAAGGAUUUGAUAUGAUUUAUGGCGAAGAAUUUAAAGUAACAACAAAUGAUUUUCUUGAAAAUUCUCGUUAUGCAAAAAUUGCUUAUCAUGUUGCUUCAACAAUGGAAACAGUUAAUCUCAAUGAAAUAAUGAAUGAUCAAGCUCUUGCACCUCUUUUAAUAUCAAAUGGUGACGAUACAUUUGAAUUAAAAAAUAUCUUGUGUGUACCAAUUAUGGAUAGUGAUGGUCAUGUUAUUGGUGUUUCACAAGUUAUGAAUAAAUUAAAUGGAAGAAUAUUUACUGAAGAUGAUGUUGCAAUUAUUGAAGCUUUUUCCGUUUUUUGUGGUUUGGGUAUUCAUAAUACUCGUCAAUAUGAAAAUGUUGUUCGUUUAACAGCUAAACAAAAUGUUGCAUUUGAAGUUUUAUCUUACCAUGUUAUUGCAUCAGAAGAAGAUGUGCAUCGUGUUUCACAAAUUUCAGUACCUGAAGCAAAUCAAUUAAGAUUAUAUGCAUGGGAAUUUAAUGAUAUGGUUUUAACAGAUGAUGAAACAGUUUUAGCUAGUGUAAGAAUGUUUGUUGAAUUAGAUUUACCAAAAAAAUUUCGUAUACCACAUGAUGUUAUUUGUCGAUGGGUAUUAAGUGUAAAGAAAAAUUAUCGACCGGUGAUUUAUCAUAAUUGGAGACAUGCUUUUAAUGUUGCUCAAACAAUGUUUUCAAUGCUUACAACCGGUGGUAUGAAUGUUUGUAUGAGUGACUUCGAACGUAUUGGUUUGUUAAUCGCAUGUUUAAGUCAUGAUCUUGAUCAUCGUGGAACAAAUAACGCUUUUCAAGCAAAAGUUGAUGCACCACUGGCAAAAUUAUAUACAACAUCAACACUUGAACAUCAUCAUUUUGAUCAAUGUGUUAUGAUAUUACAAACUGAAGGAAAUAAUAUUUUACAAACAUUAUCACCCGAUGAUUAUAAAUUAGUUGUUCGUUAUGUUGAAACAGCAAUUUUAUCAACUGAUUUAGCACUUUAUUUUCGAAAACGAGGUGAAUUUCAAAAAUUAGUCGAAGCUAAUGAAGAACAUUGGGAUGAUCCAACAAAAAAAGAAUUACUUAGAGGAAUGAUGAUGACAGCAUGUGAUGUAGCAGCUAUUUGUAAACCAUGGGAAAUUCAACAAGUUGUUGCUAAAUUAGUUGCAAGUGAAUUUUUUCAACAAGGAGAUAUUGAAAGAAAUCAAUUACAUGUUGAACCAAUUCCAAUGAUGGAUCGAGCUAAAAAAGAUGAAUUACCAAAAAUGCAAGUUGGUUUUAUCGAUUCAAUCUGCCUUCCACUUUAUAAAAUGCUUGCCGAUGUUGAUCCUGGUUUAGAUCCACUUUUUGAAGGUUGUAAGAAUAAUCGUGAGAAUUGGGAAAAAUUACAACAAGAACAUGACAAAUUGACAUUAAGAAAAAUAGUUGAAGUGUCAAAACCAGCACUACAACCAAAAAAUUUAACUUCAUCACAAUCAGAUUCAACAACAUUACUUAAAGUGACAAAAAAUAAUGAUGAAAAUUUGUCUCCUUCACCUUCUUUAUCAAUGAAAGAAGCAAAAUCUGUCAAUCGUGAACAACAAACAACAUCAAUAACAGUACCAACUAUUGAUCCAAUACUUAUAUCAACAAUACAUGCUAAUAAAGGUGCAAUUGAUACAAUACGUGGACAAAUAACUGAAUUAAGACAUGAUGUUGAUCACUUACGAACGCAAAUUAAAAAUCGUAAACGAUCAACAACAAAUAAUACAAAUUCACCACGUGUUAUUCCAAAUCAAGCUCCAUCACAAAAUCUUCCACCUGUAUCAUCAUCUCCACCUUCGAAUGUUAGUAAUCGUCAUCAUGUAUCAAAAUCUAAUGCUAAUAAUACAAAUCCAGCAUCAUUUUCUCAUCAUCAUCACCAUCAUCAUCAUCUUGGACAACCAGGUGCAAUAGGGCAUUCAUCUGUUUGCGUUAUUAUUUAA